AUGGAUACGCAUAUCGCAUCCCUGGAGAACACUAUUCAUUUCUUGCAAGAGCGACACAGGGGUACGCUUGAGCAACUUCACCGUGAAAUAGAUCAUCUGAAACGGAAAAAUAAAGAUCUGCAGUUUAAACUCAUUAUGGAACCACCGAGAACAUGCAGAAAAGAAUUCAGUAGGAGAGGCCUUAAGACAUGCACAGAAACACAAACAUUCCAGUCAGAGAGAGGGAUCUACCUAAACCAGACACUUGAGGACGCCUGCCUGCCACCAGACACUCAUCUCAGUGAAGGGAACAAGGAGACACCCACACCUAACGGUUUGAGGGGUGUGCCAGAGGGAAAUGGGGGACUCAUCACUUCUUUAGAACCUCUGCGGAUCCACAGUGACCCGUCCCUGCCUCCCAGAGCACCCACCCUAAAGGAAUGUGAAGUCAUCAUCCGGCAGCUGUUCAAUGCCAACAGUCUGCAGUCUCGGGAGAUUGUACGCAUUAAGGCUGUUCUUAGAGACAUUAUCGUCAAUAAGAGAAUCACCCCUGAGAAUUACAUACUGACAAAAGCCUAUCUCGCUGGUGACAGCGGAAAUGAUGAAGAUAAGUUUCCAAAGCUUCCCCUCCGGCCACUACCUAAAAGAUCGAUAGUAUCCCAGGCCUCUGUGGUAGAGAGAGUCACCCUUCCUGCCCUCAAACACAGCCACAACACGAGUAUAGCAGACAGACAGAAGAGGAUCCAAGCUUUGCAGAAGAAUCGACUGAGGAGGACAGUGCGCUCAGUAAACAAAUCUUUAUCUUUCAUUUGA